AUGAAGCUGUACGGGCCGACGUCUCGUUCGCAUCGGAUUGCAGUCACCGCGAAGUAUUGUUCGAUUCGAUUGGACUACGUCCCGGUGACGAUGGGGGAAACGAACAAAACGGAAGAGUAUCUGAAGAUGAACCCGUUCGGUAAGGUGCCGAUGCUGGUGUGCGACGACGCGAAUGAGACGGCGGUGUUUGAAUCGAACGCGAUUUGCCGAUAUUUGUGCUCUGUGAGUGGCGAGAUGGUAUACCCGAAGGAAAGCGGGGGUGCGGAAUUGCGAGCGAAAAUCGACGGCUUUAUGGAUAGUUUUAACCAGUUGGACGCGAGCGGACCGGGGUGGUUGUACCCAAUCAUCGGGAUCGGGAAAGCCAGAGGUGUCGCGUACGACGAAAUAAACGAGGAGAGGACGAAGAAAACAUGUCGCUCUUUUUUGACGAGUUUAGAACAGCACUUGAAGAAAACGAUGGCGGAGAAGAGAGGCGCGUUUUUAGUCCCAGAGAGAGGCUUUACGUUGGCGGAUAUCGUCGGCGCGUCGAGUUGCGAGAAUUUGUUUUUACACCUGAUUCCUGAGAACGAGUGGAACGAAGAGUAUCCGGCGGUGAAGUUUUGGUUGGAAACGGUGUACGCGUUGCCGGAAUGGUUAGAAGCGGUCGGGAAGAUGACGUGUUGUCAAGAACCGAUGCGAUGGGAAGGCGAAGUGAAAGCGCUGAAAAACUUGCCCAUCGAUCAAACCGAAAAUUGCAGUUGGUCCGCGGCGAAAGUUCGAAAUACGUUCACUUCUUUUUUUGAAAGCAAGCACGCGCACACGAUCGUGCCGUCUUCGCCAGUUGUGCCGCACGACGAUCCGACUUUACUCUUUGCCAACGCCGGCAUGAACCAGUUCAAACCAAUCUUUUUAGGCACGUGCGACCCGAAAUCACCGCUGUAUACGUUGAAAAGAGUCACGGAUUCGCAAAAGUGCAUUCGCGCCGGAGGUAAACAUAACGAUUUAGACGACGUCGGGAAAGACACGUAUCAUCACACGUUCUUUGAAAUGCUCGGGAACUGGUCAUUUGGCGAUUACUUUAAAGAAGGCGCCAUUUCCAUGGCGUGGGAGUUGUUAACGGAGGUGUACAAAAUCGACCCGGAUCGAUUAUACGCGACGUAUUUCGGUGGCGAUCCAAAGCAAGGUUUAGAACCGGAUUUAGAAGCGAGAGAUAUUUGGUUGAAGUUUCUCCCAGCCUCGAAAGUGCUACCCUUCGAUUGCGCGGAUAACUUUUGGGAGAUGGGCGAUACUGGACCGUGCGGUCCCUGUACCGAAAUCCAUUUCGAUCGAAUUGGUAACAGAGACGCGUCGAGUUUAGUCAACAUGGACGAUCCGAACUGUUUGGAGAUUUGGAACUUGGUGUUUAUUCAAUACAACCGAGAGGAAGGUGGGGUUUUGAAACCGUUACCGAGCAAACACGUAGAUACCGGCAUGGGUUUCGAACGCUUGGCGAGUUGCUUACAAGACCGACCGUCGAACUACGAUACGGAUGUAUUUCUCCCGAUUUUCAGAGAGAUUCAAAGAGUGACCGGUUCGUCGCCUUACACCGGUUUGUUAGGUGUCGCUGAUGCUGGAGAGAAAGAUAUGGCGUACAGAGUAGUCGCAGAUCACGUGAGAACGUUAACCGUCGCCAUAGCGGACGGCGCCAGUCCCGGGUCAGAUGGGAGAAACUACGUCUUGAGAAGAGUCUUGAGAAGAGCCGUUCGAUUUGGACGCGAGAAAUUGAACGCCAAACAAGGCUUUUUCCACAAGUUGGUACCGACGGUUGUAAAAAUGCUCGGCGAAACGUUUCCGGAAAUCAAGAAAGAGGAAAAAAGAGUCAUCGAAAUCAUCGCCGAAGAAGAGGAAUCGUUUGGAAAGACACUUUUGAAAGGUAUCGAAAAGUUUAAGAAAAUUGCGGAAGGCGCGAGAGGUGAAAACAGAAACGUCAUUUCUGGCGUCGAGGCGUUUUUAUUGUGGGAAUCUUUUGGUUUCCCGAACGAUUUAACGGAAAUCAUGUGCGAGGAGAACGGUUUGACGUUGAACAACGAAGAGUUUGACCAAGUGUUCAAAGCGGCGCAAGAGAAAUCGAGAAUGAGCUCCAAGAAGAACACCGGCGUGGAUUUGUUGUUCCAAGCGGAAGCGACGGCAUGGUUGUCGAAUAACAACAUCGCAACUACAAAUGAUUCGUUCAAGUACGUCAAAAACGUUCCGAAAGUGGAUACGACAGUCAAAGCGAUUUUGACGAGCUCGGACGGAUUCGUUCAAUCUACGGAAGGACAAAGCGGGCCGUUUGGUUUGAUUUUAGAAUCGACACCAUUUUACGCAGAAUCUGGAGGUCAGGUUUCUGAUACCGGGUCUCUGAACGUCAACGGUAAAGAUUUAUCUGUUUCCGAGGCGAAAGCGGCUGCUGGGUACAUCUUGCACGUCCUAUCGGAUGAUUCCGUUUCGGUUUCGGUUGGCGACGCGUGCACCGCGCAAGUCGACGUUGCUCGACGUUCGGACAUCAUGCCUAAUCACACGAUGACACACGUCGUUAACUUUGCCUUGCGCGAAGUCUUAGGAAACGACGUCAACCAGAAAGGUUCCGUCGUGGACGACGAAAAGUUGCGUUUUGACUUUUCCCACAACAAACCAGUCACGGCGAAGCAAAUCCAAGAGGCGCAAGACAUCGUCAACUCGCAAAUUAAAGAAAACUUGUCCGUCCACACGAGAGAGGUGGCGUUAACGGACGCGCAGAAAAUCAACGGUUUGCGCGCGGUAUUCGGUGAAGUGUAUCCUGACCCGGUCAGAGUCGUUUCUGUCGGUCCAGCCAUCGACGAUUUGUUAUCCAAUCCGUCCAACGAGGCGUGGGCGAAGCGAUCGAUUGAGUUUUGCGGCGGCACGCAUUUGAAAAGCACCGCGGAAGCGGAAGAUUUUGCCAUCAUCGAAGAAGUCGGCACAGCGAAAGGUAUUCGACGCAUCACUGCAGCCACGAAAGGCCAAGCGAGGCAAGCCUUCCAGAAUGCCAAAGAUUUCAUGGAUACGAUUGAUGCGACGGCGAAAAUUACCGAUUUAACCGAGCUCUCCGCGCAACUGUCUUUGUUGAAAGGUUCCAUCGACGACGCGGAGAAAACGAUGCCGUUCGCUUCUCGAGAAAAUUUGAGAGAGUUGAUCGUCCGAGAAAAUAAGCGAUACUUGGAUGAAAAGAAAAAAGCCGCCGCUGAAGCAGCCGCUAAAGCCAUCGAGCAACUCUCCGUCAUGUGCGGCGAAGCCUCCUCCAAGAGCGAAAACUUUCUCGUCGCCAACCUCGGCGAAGGUUUAGACGCGAAAGUGUUGGGCGAGUGCGCGCAAUCGGUCGCCGCGAAAGGUUUAUCGUGCGCAUUGUUCGCCACGAACGACGGGAAAGCCGUCGCGUUGUGUUCGGUCCCUUCCGACGUGAAGAACAAAACCAACGAGGCUAAAAACUGGUUAGAUGUGUGCUUGAAGCCGCUCGGAGGGAAAGGCGGCGGUAAAAAAGGCGUCGCGCAAGGCCAAGGACCAAACGCUGAAGCGAUGACCGAAGCCAUGGAUGCCGCCGCGGCGUUCGCCAAGAUGUCCAUUAAAUAA